AUGCUGCUCUUGAUCUACAACCCUGCUUGUGGUGACAGGACCGCGAAGGAAUUCGUCGACGCGCACGUCCUCCCCACCCUCACAGAUGCGGGCAGGACGCCCGACAAGGUCGUUGCCACUGAUCUAACUGUCCCUGACCUGCACCCUGCUGCUAUCGUCAAGGAAGCCCUCGAGAAUGCGGGCGCGGAGGACGACGUCGACGUGAUCCUCGCAUCGGGCGAUGGCACGCUCAACGACAUCGUCUCUGAGCUGUCUGCCCACCCUGCCGCGGGCCCCAAGGCCGGCGAGCACUUCCGCCUCUGCCUCGCUCUCGUGCCCGUCGGUACAGCCAACGCCAUGUACUCCUCCCUCUUCCCACCCACCAGCGAGGACGCGGCCAAAGACCCCGCCUACAAGCUCCAGUCCGUCAAAUCCCUCCUCGCCAGCGGCCCCACCGUACCCCUCACGCUCGCCAUCACCACCUUCUCCGCCGCGCCCUCCGCCCGGCGGCCCCCGCGCGCCUCCGUCUCCUGCGUCGUCACCUCCACGUCCCUGCACGCCGCCAUCCUCGACACCUCCGAAUCCCUGCGCACCACCCACCCCGGCAUCGAGCGCUUCAAGCUCGCCGCGCAGCAGAACGCGGCCAAGUGGUACGUCGCGCAGGCCAAGAUCCUCCCCGCCGCGGGCAGCAAGUACGUGAAAGUGUACGACCCCGCGAAGCGCGCGUUCGUGCGCCACCCGGAGUCGACCAAGAUCGAUCCCAUUGUGGAUCUCACCGGGCCGUUCAUCUACUUUCUGUCUGCUAUCAAUGUGGAUAGGCUGGAACCGAUGUUCAGGAUAGCGCCGCUGGCGGGGGCGAGGGGGCAGACGGUGCCUUCCCUAGAUGUGGUCGUCAUACGGCCCAUGGUCAACCAUACCAUCACCUGGGACGCGCCGGAGACACGCGAGGCCUUUGUGGACAGUAUAUGGAAGAUCCUGUCUGCCGCAUACCAGGACGGCAAGCACAUCGACUUGCGUUACGACGAUGACGGGGAGAUUGUGGAGGGAGGCAAAGGAGACCCUGUCGUGGAAUACUUUCGCUGCGGUGGCUGGGAAUGGCUACCUGACGACAUCGACCCCGACGCGCACAUCGUCUGCACCGACGGCGCCAUCUCGCGCGUAGAACCCGGCGGACGCGUCGUCUCCGUCGCCGCGCGCGCAACAUCCGCGGGCGGCUUCUUGAUCUAUGCCUGA